AUGGGCCGUGCGCCCCGAGACUGAGGGUCCUUCUCACCUCAAAAUGCAGCCCACAGCCACCAUGGCCAUGACUGCUACCACCGCCACCACGGCCGCCCUGACCACGGCGUGGGACAACACCACAGGCCGCCCCACUGCGGAGCCUGACCCCAUCUUGGACAACUAUAUGCUGGUGGUGGUGGUGAUGUCGCUCUUUGUUGGGGGAACCCUCGUGGUGCUGUCUGGUGUGCUGCUCCUGUGCAGGCGCUGCUGGGAAGUCCACCAGGGCUUCAACAGAGCCACGGAGGAGGCAGAGAAGACAACCACCACCUACCUGGACACCAGCACCCACCCAGUCCAAGACCCCGAAUUGAGGGGGGAGGACCUCGAGGGCCUGGAUGCAGAGACCGAGCGCUUCCUGUCCACCAGCUCUACCGGCCGCCGUGUGUCCUUCAACGAGGCAGCCCUGUUUGAGCAGAGCCGCAAGGCGCAGGACAAGGGCCGAAGGUAUACCCUGACAGAAGGGGACUUCCACCACCUGAAGAAUGCUCGCCUCACCCACCUGCACCUGCCGCCCCUCAAGAUCGUCACCAUCCACGAGUGUGACUCCAGCGAAGCCAGUGCAGCUGCCAUGCCUCACCCCUCGGUACCUCCCAAGGCCAGCCUUGCCAUAUUCCAGCCCCCGGGGAAGGCCCUCACUGGCCGCUCCGUGGGCCCCAGCUCCGCCUUGCCAGGUGACCCCUACAACCCUUCCACGGGCCCUGCUGACUUCGAGAUCAGCUCCUCCUCAUCCAGUGACUCCGGGGAAGGCACCUCGCUGGAUGCGGCUGCCAGGAGCACCAAGCCUGGUGGGCUGGGGACCUCUGCAGGGCCCCGGGAGGCAGGCCCAGGCUCUGGGGCAGGCCCAGUCCUGCAGUUCUUCACCCGUCUGAGGCGCCAUGCCAGUUUGGAUGGGGCCAGCCCCUACUUCAAGGUCAAAAAAUGGAAGCUGGAGCCCAGCCAGCGGGCAUCAAGUCUGGACACGAGAGGCUCCCCCAAGCGGCACCACUUCCAGCGACAGCGAGCAGCCAGCGAGAGCAUGGAGCAGGAGGAGGGGGACACCCCUCACAUGGACUUCAUCCAGUACAUUGCCAGCACAGGCGCUGCUAUGGCCUUCCCGCCCCCCUGCCCCUUUCUGGCCAGCCCCACCAGCCCGUCCCCCGCUCUCGGCAGGCUAGAGGUGGAGGAGGAGGAGGCAGGCGCCGCAGGAGGAGUGAACCCCGAGCCCCCCUGGGAGCGCAGCAUAGGUGGUGCGGGGCCUGACCAGCAGCAGGAAUCAGACAGUGAGCGGGAUGCAGGGCUGGAGCACACUCAGACCAUCUACCGAGACAUCUGGAGUCUCCGUGCCUCACUUGAGCUGCACGCGGCCACCGCCUCAGACCACAGCAGCAAUGACCGCGACUCGGUGCGCAGCGGCGACAGCUCUGGCUCAGGGGGCACAGCGCCCGCCUUCCCACCGCCCUCACCGCCUCCCACGCUGCGGCCCUCGGACGGUGAGGUGGGAGGGCCGCGCAAGCUGCUGCAGAUGGACAGUGGCUAUGCCAGCAUCGAGGGGCGCAGCACGGGUGACGAUGGGCCUCCCAGUGGGCCCGACAAGCACUCCUUUCCUGGUGUGGGCCAUACAACUACCGUGGGGGGCAGCUUUGAUGGGACGCCAGCAGAGGAGUUCACCUGGCCUCGCAGCCCGCGUGCCUGGCCCCGCCGCACACCACGACGGGACUACAGUGUGGAUGAGAAGACUGAUGCGCUCUUCCACGAGUUCCUGCGCCACGACCCACACUUCGACGACGCCCCGCCCAGCACUGCACGCCAUCGAGCUCGUGCGCACCCACACACCCACAUACGCAAGCAGUGGCAGCAGCGCGGCCGGCAGCACAGUGACCCAGGCGAGCGCACUGUGCCUUCUGCACCACCUGGACCCGAGCCCCGCCCCACACGCGCGCCUCUACGCCGUGGGGACAGCGUCGACUGCCCGACCGACAGCCGUGCAGGUGAAGACCCAGCCGGCCCUCCAGCGCCCACCAUCCCUGCCAUCGAAGAGGAGCCUGGCGGCGGGUGCCCAGGAUCAAGCCUGUGUGCCCAGCCCUCAGGGGCACUGCUGGACAAGCUGGCAACUGGCCUCGAGGACAGACUCUUAUUGCCACACCUCACCCAGCCCAUUGCCGCAGCCCCCACGCUGGCCACUGCCACCGCAGCACCCACGUCCCCGGACCACAGUCCAGCCUAAGCCCCUCGCCCCAUUCUCCAUUUCCUAUUGCGUGCACAAGGCCUCUACAGCCGGUCCUACCAGCGGCGCGAGGACCCAAUGCGUGUGCGCUGAGACCACGGGUUCUAAGGCACAAGCGUACUGCCCCUGGCUCCACGCUGCCGCAGUGCGCCUGUGCACAGCUCUCUCCAGUCCCUAAGCUGGGUUCCCGCGUCAUUCCAAGGCACAAGCAUCCUGGCUUAUCUGGAGGGAGCCAGGCGUAUUCUAAUCUUGUGCUCCUGAGGAACAUCCGUGCGUCCUUACCACAGUAUAGCCUCCGGAUGGUGGUAGGGCUUUUGUUGGAGGGGUAGGUCUUGCCUGCACCCAAGAGGGACAGUGCAGCUGGACUGUGUGAGGCGCAUGUGCAGAGCGCCCCUCCCAAGGUCAACUGAGCUUCUAGGCAUAUUUGGUGUGCAGGUGCAGAGUCCAUGCCAGGGUGCAUGCGUCCAGCCCGCUGGAACAUGGACUUCAGGUUGCUGAGGAUGGGUGAGGAGUGCACUGGCAUGGCUGCCAAUUCCCCAAAGCCGUUACCUCACUGGGGCGUGUGUUCCCUGAGUUCACUGCAGUCCAAGCCUCCUCCAAGCAAUAACCACACCCACCGCUGCUGCUGCCCCCAGCCCUGGAAGACUCCUCCCUCUGCCCUCUGGGGGUCUGCAACUGCCCUCCGCAUGUGAGUGGCCUGCCAGCCCCACAGCCACACAUCCAAAGAGCCCCAAGACUCACCAGUGUUUAAGACUUACACAAAACCCAAUCGGCCAAGAUUUCAAGUUUCCCAAGCUUUAUUUAUUGCCAAAAGAUGGGGCAGCUGAGCCACCCCGCCCCAUCCCUCAAAGCUUCCUGCAGUCUGUGUACCAUACAGUGAUGGAGUUUCUUGUUGUUUUAAUGGUUGAUUAUAAAUAUUUACUGCAUACUCUUGCUUGCUCUGGGUUUUCUCUGGGAAUCUAGGUUCAGAGGCCUUGGGGGAAAGGGCCAGGGUCCUGCAGUCACACUUGGCCCCAGCACUGCAGGAGCUGAGCCAAAGGGUGUGCUGAGCUUUGGAGAGCACAGAGGGCCAGUGUGGUCAAAGGCAGGCUCCCGGGGAGGCCCACAGGCUGCCGGCAAGACCUGGAGACGGAGGCCAGCCCAUGCACUCUAGGGUCCAUAGAGGGGCCCAGGUACAGACUCAAGAUAACCCACCUAAUGGCACGUCCUGCCACCCAACAAUUCCCAAACAUCCCUCACAACCACAACUCAAAUCGACCUGUUUUAUUUUUUCUUAAAAAAAAAAAAGAAAAAGAAAAGAA